GGCGCAUAUAAAAUAUUCACAGUGACGCAGUAAGUUGUUGAAGUACAGUACCUACGCCAUGUUUUGUUACAAGAACACGAAAGAAAAGUGGUAACGAUACUUUGAAAAAAACGUCGUGUUGGUUCAGGAAAGGGAAAUACGAAGAAUAUGUAAUGAGUGAAUGGACUUUGUAUAUCACUUGGUGUAUUUCGUUGAUCCAUUUAAUCGUAACUUUAAAUAAUACAUCGAAUCAAAAUGUCGGACGACGCGGCGAGGGAAGAUGCCUGUCGAGAAUACCAGUCCUCCCUGGAAGAUUUGACUUUCAACAGUAAACCACACAUCAACAUGCUGACCAUACUUGCUGAGGAGAAUCUUCACUUCGCCAAGGAUAUCGUCGCAAUAAUUGAAGCACAAAUCGUCAAGGCACCAACUGCAGAGAAGCUUCCUGUUUUGUACUUAGUGGAUUCCAUAGUGAAGAACAUUGGCGGCGAAUACCUUGCGGUGUUUGCUAAAAACCUUGUCACUACAUUUAUUUGUGUGUUUGAAAAGGUGGAUGAGAACAUUAGAAAAAGUCUCUUCAAGUUGCGCUCCACAUGGGAUGAGAUUUUCCCAGCAACAAGAAUGUACACGUUAGAUGUGAAAGUCAAUUCAAUAGAUCCUGCCUGGCCAAUUAAGCCUCUGCCAAAUCCAAGCAUUCAUGUUAACCCAAAAUUUCUAAAACAGACUGAGGAAGCUACCGCUACCGCUACCACUACCCCUCCUCCUGCUCCUGCUACUGCUCCUGCUCCAAAGGCCAUUACACCACAGCCUCAACCCACACCAUCAGUGGCUGAGAAAAAAGGGACUGAGGAGCAGGCCAUUAGGCAGCAGCUGCUCGCCAAGCAGAAGGAGUUGCUUGAACUUCAGCAGAGGAAGAUAGAGCUUGAGCUUGAACAGGCCAAAGUGCAACUGCAGUCCAAAGGCACAUUGAGGGGAGAAGGACAAGCCAGGCAUCAGUUACUGGCAAAGCAGAAGGAGUUGAUUGAACUUCAGCAGAAGAAGAUAGAGCUUGAGCUUGAACAGGCCAAAGUGCAACUGGCUUUCAAUCGAAUGGGACCAACCAACCCCCAUGUCAGUGCUGCGAACCAUCCCACACCCACAGCUACACAACCAGUGUCCGCUCUGCCCAGUAACUCCUGGCCACCCCCGCAACCGGAAAAGGUGGUGACGAGAGAUCCGCGCCUAAACAGGCCUGGGGCAUCAGCUUUACACGCCAAGGAACCAGCGAUGAACAAGAGGGAACCGCAUAGUUUCGGCGGUCUGCCAAACAUGUCCGAGAAGAGAGGGCCUCCCCCAGGAGAAAAACAUAAUAAACUGGAGAUGAGGAGGAUUCCUCGAAAGGAACCACCGGCUGAAGAGAAGAUGAGGGCAAGCAAGAAGGAGAUGGCUGCCGUGGAGAGGGCAAAACUCAAGUCUGCGUCGCCGGCAGGGAAGGAAGUUCUCGGCAGAAGUAAAAAUGAGCCGGAGAAUCUAAAGACCCCGGAAAUCGUCAGGAAAGACCCCAGGCUGCGAAGGCACGUGGUCGAGAAGGUAGAACCAGAGGAGGACGUGCCCAAAGAGAGGAAAAAAAGUCUGGACAAAAAGGACAAGGACAACGCCAGCAAGAUGUUGGAGCAUCAGAGGAUGGCCAACGCCAGAAGCAAACUCUCCAAUGGCUCUCUGAACAAGCAGGAGAAGCCAGACUUCAGGAUUAAUAAGUUGAGUGGGAAACGGUCCCGCUCCAGGUCGCGCUCGCGUUCACCGUCCAUGCCCAAGAGGAAGGAGCGCAGAUCGCCAAAGAGCGUAAAGAGCAUGUCUGUGUCCCCUCCCAAGUUCAGCAAGGGGAGACAGGGUGCUGGAAAAGACCUCGGUCACCAUGGCAACGUCAGAGAGGACCGAAUCGCUCCCAAGAACGCGUCAGAACCAAGAAGACCGAAAAGGUCUCACGAGGAUAGAGCCGCAGAACCGAGAGAUGCUUACUCAACAAGAGAACCUCCCGAAUCAAAGGAGAAUAUCAAGAGAUGGAGAAGUGGAUGGGAGGACACUAGACAUCCAAAACAUCCAGAGGAGUCUCCACCUUCCAAACCCAGCAUUCCAAGGGUCAAACCCUGGAACCCUGGUCAGAGAUCUACGCCGUCCCGAGUGAGACAAAAUCGCCUCAGUGUUGACGCCAAUCUGCACAUCCCAGACGUCCUUAACUCUGCAAGUAAAGCAGACCUGCUGAAAAAGGCUAGUAAGAGACAUGCAGCUGGUGAAAUAACUAGUGAAGAAUUCCUCAAUGUGGCCCACCAAAUCAGACAGCUUUUCCAGUACCAGGAGGAAAAGCAGCGCUCUCAUUCAUGGGAAUCAAGUGAUGAUGGAUUAGUGCCCCCCAAAGACAAAAAAGACAUGUCCCCACACCCCCCGAUGGGUAAUCUAAAUGCAGAGCAGUUAUACCUUGAGCACAAAUCUAAACUAAUAAGAACUCGAGUGCAGCGACAAGCUGAUAGAAAUCUACAGCGGCAAGGGAGCGAAAGGACAUCUCACCCGACACUGGAAGGGGACUCCGAGGCACAGAGGAGAUUAUCUGACGAGACUCCGGAACUGUUCUCCAGGCAUGAUGCAUCGAGGAAAGGUGAUCGAUCUCUGCCAAACUCGGGCCACUCGUCGAGAAACACCCCGAGCCCCGGCAGUCUGGACGAGUACCCGAGGCAUUCGCCUGCGCCGGCGGCGUUCGGACGCUCGUCUCCACUGAGUGUGGAGAUGCAGGAGGACCCCGCCAGCGAAAUGAGCCCCAUUCCUCGCUUCGAGAGUCCCAACAGCGUGCACUCGGACGAGGGGAUUGAGAUCGAUCCGCCACUGGUUCCCCAGAGACCCGCAAGGAACAUGCAGGGGGGGCGGAUGCCUGGUGAACCCGCCGUGUCGGUGCCUCUCCACCUGGCCGAUGAAGCCGUUGCGCAGCCGAGCGUGCCCAGGAAUGAGGUCCCCAACGUCUCGCAGAGGUUUGAAGGCCACAAAGGGCCUCAGUCAUCUUACGACGGUGCGCCAGGACACCUGGGUAAGCCCCGAGCGGAGGGGACGCCCAGAACGCACCCGCCAAACGUCUACGAAGGCCCGGGGUCAAAGAGGUACGACGGACCUGGGGGAGGAAACUCGAGGUUCGACGGCCACGGUAGAUACGACUCCAACUACGGCCCUCGUUUCGAAGGACCACCGCAGCAUGAAGGGGCGGGCAGAUACGACGGCGCCAUGCCUCACCGUCCAAUGAGAUUUGACGGGCCUCACUCCCAGCAGGGCUUCGGGAGGUUUGAGCGGCCCAUGGGUCACAACAGGUUUGAGGGCCCCGGGCCUGGUCCAAUGCAAUUUAACCGGUUUGAGGGCCCGCCGAGGUUUAACAAUCCUCACAUGCAGCAAGGGCCCGGGAGGUUUGAGGCACCCAUGAGGUUCCCGCACGGGUCCGUGGGGUACGAGGGACCACACAACCAGCCCGGACCAAUGAGGUUCGAGGGCCCUGGCAACCAGCCUUCCGGAAUUUGCUUUGAGAAUCCCACUGGUCCACCUGGACCAAUCAGGUUUGACGGGCAACCCCGAUACGAGUGCCCUAGCCCAGCGGGUCCCCCCAGAUACUGUGGCCCCCAGAACCAGAUGAGGCCGCAGGGGCAGCCCAUGUUUAACGUCCCCCAGGGCCCCAUGGCCAAUCCCGGCUGCCAGCAGCAAUCCAACUUCAACAUGCCCAACAGGUUUCCGGAGCCUCACAAUGCUUUUGGAGGGAACUCCCAGUCUUUCCUCGGACAGCAGAACGUUCCGCAAGGACCAAACUUCAGCGUGCCACAAGUCCCCACCUCCACGGGAUUCCCAAGCUCCUUUAGACCGGUUGGCCCCUAUCAGGGGCCUCCAGUCGGAAACCUCCAACAGCCUAUGAACAUGAUGUCCAACCUCGGUCCACCCUUCAUGCCACAGAACCCAGUGCCUUUCAAUCAACCAAAUUCUCAGUUCGGGCAGCCUGAGAGUCACCUCGGGCAGGUGGACGUGAACGACCUGCUGUCCAAACUCAUCUCCACGGGCAUCAUCAAGCCCGCCACCACAGACGCAUCUCAGACGGCAGAGACCGCUGCUACGCCUUCAUCUCCGCGAAUGGUUAAAGAGGAGGAGGAGGAAGAGGAGCAGGACGAUGAUGAUGAUGGUGACCUCCCAGACCUGACGAGCUUCUCACUGGACGACAUGAAACAGAGAUACGAGAGCGUUGUGACCAAACUCUACACAGGGAUCCAGUGCUACUCCUGUGGCAUGCGCUUCACCUCCUCUCAGACGGACGUCUACGCCGACCACCUGGACUGGCACUACAGACUGAACCGCUCGGAGAAGGACAUCAGCAAGAAGGUCACGCACAGGAGAUGGUACUACAGCCUCACGGACUGGAUAGAGUUUGAGGAAAUCGCAGACCUGGAGGAGCGGGCCAAGAGCACGUUCUUUGAGAAGGUCUAUGAGGAGGUGGUGCAGAAGACCCAGGAGGCGGCCAAGGAGAAGGAGUUCCAGAGUGUCAAAGCUGCGCCUGAUGUUGUUGAUGAGUCCUGUGAGAUUUGUCAGGAGCAGUUUGAGAUGUACUGGGAGGAGGAUGAGGAGGAGUGGCACCUCAAGAACGCAAUCAGAGUUGAUGAGAAGACAUAUCAUCCAUCAUGUUUUGAAGACCACCAAAAUACGUCUUCGUUUGGGGAGUGCACUCCCUCACCCAAUAAGGUUCUUACAGAGAAUCCGCUAACUGCUUUGAUUAAGGAAGAGGAGGCUGAUGAGAUUAGCAGUUGCAGUGUUAAGCAGGAGCCCGAGGCAUUAAGCACAGACGCUCAGGUGACGGAGGAGGACGUAAAGGUUAAGUUGGAGGAGUGCUGCUUCCCCCCUCUCUAAGUGGUCGGUUAUUUAGCUGUGUGUGAAGGGAAUGAGAGAGAGAGGCUAUUUCUGUACUUGACAGUUCUGAGGCCAGGUCCCUCAGCUAUGGAUACUCUAAAUACAUUUUUGUAUUUGAAAUUGCCUGCUACAUUCAGGUGUUUUUUGCUGUGUGAAUGCUUAUCUGAGUAAAACAAGGUGUACUUUGGAGAAAUGUGUACAUUUAAUUUAUAAAUAAAGAUAUUUUUGUUAUUUUUGUGUAUUAUUGAUAAAGGGGAACAUGGGAAUUCUUGUUGACUAUAUCAAAGGGUGUCUUCUGAAAGUGCACAUGGAAAUUGUUGUUUAAAAGCAAACAACGGCUAGACGAGGCAAAUAUUUUUGACUACUAAUCUAUUAAUGUCCUGGAGAAAGUACUAUGGAUAAUUUAUUGAUUUAAAAUGGUUAGGAGUAACCAGAAUUUUACACAAGCUUUGAUUUGUAAAUAAACUUAAACAUCUCAUGACAUGUAGGUUACAUGUCUCAAGCCUGGUUUCGUCACUUCUGUUGAAUAAAAAAAAAAAAAAGGUGGAAUAAAGAAUUUUUUUAGGUUUUCAUUUGGAAAGAUUGUUUUUUUCUUGUUGCAGAGUAUUCAAUAAAUUCAGUUUGAAAAUGGUACGUGUUUGAAAAGUGUUUGUGGUGUGCUUCUUGAUCGUCAUUGAAAUUAUAUAGAUUUUUCUUCUUUGCAGAAUUUUAAUAAAUUUAAUUAAACUUCA